AUGAGUAACGCAAAAUCCAACAGUUUUCCGCAGGCCUCCUUGGGUGUUCCGGCUGCCUCUUUGGCUGACCCAGUGAAUGUUCUCCCUACCUCCAUCUUGGAUCAUAAUCCUCUUCCCGUGGUAGCUCUGGAACACGCUACCAGCGAUUCUGACGAUCCAUCGCUCCCGCUCAACUGGAGCACGACUUGGAAAUGGCUCGUUGUCGUCACCAUUUCGGGUAUGAGCUUCAUUGUCAAUCUUUCAACCGUCAUUUGCGCACCUGCGAGUAUCCAGAUCUCCGAAGAGUUCAAUUCCCACAGCAGCUUCCUCGCCAUCUUCUACAUUACGGUCUGGAACCUCGGAGAGGCCAUUGCGCCCCUGUACAUCGGCCCACUAUCGGAGCGGAUCGGGCGAUUACCCGUUUACCAUUUCUACAAUGUUCUAUUCAUUAUAUUCACAGCUAUCACCGGCUUCAGCACUAGUAUUGGCAUGAUCAUCGCCUUCCGGUUUCUGACCGGCACUGUUACCACUUCGAUUUGCUUGAACCCUAGCAUUGUGGGUGAUAUGUUUGCACUCCAGGGCCGUGGAGCUGCGAUGUCUAUUAUGAGCCUGAUGCCUCUUGUGGGCACCGCCGUUGGUCCUAUCGCUGGUGGCUAUGUCACGCAGCGUCUUAGUUGGCGCUGGACGUUUUGGCUCACCGGUAUCCUCACCGGCGUCGUUGAGCUGGCCAUGCUUUUUGUCUUCCGGGAGACAUACCUGCCGCGCAUCCUUCGUCAACGGGAGAAAAAGACGAAGGUCCGUUCCAGGGCUGUGGCUGCGCCGGCGACAGCGGAAGCCAGAGUGCCUGUAUAUUUGCUGCCUUUGGCUGGACUACGCUUUGUCCUCCAGCCGUUUGUCAUUCUCUUUGGAUCUCGAGCCGCCACGGUCGUUGCGCUAUACUUAUCCAUCAUUUACUCGUAUCUCUUUCUGCUUGCGGCAACGCUUGCCAGCGUUUUCCAAGAGAUAUAUCUCUUCUCCGAAGCAGGCUCGGGUCUCAUCUAUCUAGGGCUAGCCGUUGGCAUGUUCAUUGGAACGUUGUUCUGCCGCUUCACGCUAGAUCGGUCCAUCGUCGGCUCGGCAGAUUCACAAGACCACGGCAGUCACUCGUCGGCCACGGUCACAAUUCAAUCAGAGAAAAGACUGUUGCCGGCUAUCCCAGGCAUGGUGAUUCUGCCCGCAGCGCUGUUCACGUACGGCUGGACCCUAGACGCGCGGGUUCACUGGUCGGUACCGACCAUGGCGACUGCGCUGGCAGGAUUCUGCCUUUCAACGACUACCAUUCCCGUCAUGAACUACCUCGUCGACAUUUUUGGCGACCUUUCCGCAUCGGCCAUUGCUGCAGUGUUGCCGCUGCGCUACGUCAUCGGUACUUUCCUACCUGUUGCUGCCCCUUACAUGUAUGCCCGGCUUGGCUAUGGUUGGGCCAACUCGCUGCUCGCUUUCGUUCUAUUGUUGUGCUUGCCGGCCCCCCUGCUGCUCAUCGUCUCGCUCAAGAAAAACUCUGCCCUAGCAAAACUUUCUCAUCUGGUUGGGGGUUAA